UUGUGGUUUAGAAGUGCACGUAGUUGCUGUCCGAUUUUAAGCGUAAAACCUCUGAGUUGUAUUGAAUUUUAUUGAACUGACAGACGAAUGGAAGAUUGUACCAAAGUGCCAGUUAUAUAUCCAAGUCUGUGGUGAAGUGCACAGUUCGUCUACACACAAUCUAGGAUCAACACAAGUUUUGUUUCCUUGAGGCCAUCCAGUGCACAGUCACUGCCUAGAUAUGGCGGCUUUGGCAUCUCUCCGAGGUUAAUAAUCAACAGUCUGAAGAUGAUAGAAAAGAUAGCCACUAUAAAAGGGAGGUAACCCCCCUGCCUUUGCCAGACCUGGCCACAAGAUGGCGGCAGUGAAGGGCGGGACAGAGGGUAAAGAUGUCACUGAGCUGUUUGACCUCCUGGAAUCAAAUGACACACAAGUUGUGGCAGAAAUCAAACAGCUUAUACAAGAAAACCUGAGCUCAACGCGAGAGUCCUGGUUGUUGCACAGUCUCCUUGAUUAUUACUAUGUCAGCCAAUCAGAACGCACCAUGGAGAUUCUGGCGGGUGUGCGUGAGCCACAUGACAAGCAUCUCUUUGACAAGCUAAAUGAUGGUUUGAAACAUGCGCAUCAUAAACUACUGACCCUGAGGUUGUUGCUGUUCACUGUGAUCAAGCAGCCAUCUUGGAUUCACAAACUGGUCCACUCUUCUGUCUUCAACAACAUUAUCAAGUGUCUGAAGUAUGACAUGGACAUCCCCACCCUGAUGACUGGAGUCCUGGUAGUGACAAAUUACCUGCCUGUGGAGCCUGUGUCAAUCACCUGUCACCUUAAUGACAUCUUUGAUGUUUUCACUAGACUUCUGACAUUCAGCAAGAAAAAGACAGGUAACAUCCCAGACAUCUUCCUGCUUCACCUGCAAGUGGCCGUGUACGCACUCUUUCACCGCCUCUACGGGAUGUUCCCUUGCAACUUCCUGGCGUACCUGCGCCACCAUUUCAUAAAGCGUGAACACCACGACGUAUACCAGGAAGUUUUUAAGCCAAUGAUAGAACGUGUUCGUCUUCACCCACUCCUCAUCAUAGGAUCCAAAGAGUAUGAAAGCACACCUCAAAGGUGGCGCAAGAUGGAAAUACAAGACAUCGUGGUGGACUGUGCGAAAAUGUCGCUGGAUGUCAUCGAAGGGACUUGGGAGGAGGUGCGCUGCCCAAUAGUUGCUCCGCGAUAUAACCUCUACACUCAAAUGGUCAAUCGCCCGUCAUCGACCUCAUCUCUGCCAGGCCAAGCUGUACAGACAAGCCUCCCCCCAAAUGUCACCGGUGUCCCAGUAGUGUCGACCUUGUCCUCUGUGCCCUCCAACGUAGCCGACACCAGCGUGCUAUGGAGUCCCUCAGCUGUCUGCGGCCUCUCCACACCACCCCCGUGUCACAUGACCUCCAGUCAGUCCGGAGCCGCAGACUACACAACCAGUAUUCAGCACUCUUAUCACGGUACCUCCUACACCAACACGCCUCUGUUGACUCCCUCUCAGACCCCGAGGGCCACGCCCCCAGUCAUCGUCGACGAUCUCUUUGACAGGAGUCGUAAUAGCCGUAGCAACCUCUCCAAACGUCUGAGCGGGAGUAGUCUCCCUUCGCCCAAGCUGCAGACCUGCACCAGUAAUCUGGGUCAGACAAGCUUCGACUCUCAGACUUCACUCUCUGUCCCACCCUCACCGCUCCGCCCAGAGUUCACAUCAGAGCCGCCUCUAGGCACUCACCGCUCCCAGCCCUUACCUCGUGCCGUGCAAAAGCUCCCGUUUGAUGACAUCCCAGAAAAGUCUUCCAGGAGUGACACAUCAUUUUCGCAGAACCUCUCCCAGAAGCUGGACAGUUCAGUCUUGGAAAAGUUCCAGAGUUUGUCCCGAGAGAGGAUUGAAGAAUCGCCCAUUCAGGGAGAUUCCUCAGACAGUGGGGGAGAUGGGAAAUUGAAGAGCCAGUCAUAUCCUUCAAAUUUGAACUCGCAUGCAGAGCCACCUGGUGACAGGGGGCGCUCUUUGUCUAUCAAGGUCGUGGACAAAGUUGUUCAAGAGAUGACUGAAUGUCAUGACAAUGCAGAUGACGCAGACGAAGAAGUAAGGGAGAUAAUUCAGGAGGAGAUUUCUGACAAAUUGUCCCAGUCGGAGAGCACAGACAAGAUAGAGGCUAAUCUCCAGUUGACAGCUGAAUCCGUGCAGCGCUUCAUGAAAAAAGUCAACCGAAUUAGGUUUAACAGUUUAACGAUUGGCACCACUCUAGAUGUGGUGACCGAUGUGGGCCAGAGGGGUGGGACAAGAAUUCGUUCUUUGUCUUGUCCACAGCUACAAAAAGCAGCCCCUGACCAAGUGCAGCUGGCCGAGUCCAAACUGUUACGCUGCAGUUCUGCUGCACCACCCCAUAAUCAGCUGCACAAGUCCCAAGCCAGCAAUUCUGACAGCUGCGUUCCCAUAGUAACCAACCCUUACAGUAUUAACAGUGCAAUGACGAGUGAGCGUGAGAAUCUGGUCAGCAGUUGUGUAACGGCUGCAGCGCCCUCUAUCGUGCAGAGCUCACAGUGUGCAUCAAACACGGAACUUAGUUCUAGUCUUAGGAUUUCUCAAGGUCAGACUGACCCUGACCUGAAAACGACAGAAACUGCCAUCCCCCUGACGCGGAGCGAAGUGGAGGAAAACGCUGUGAUAGAGCAGAUUCUGCCCAGGCCCUUUGACCGCAUCUUGCAGUACUCUCUGCCGUACUCGGCCAUCACGCGUUGUCAGCAGUGCAAGCGUCGCUAUGUGACUGCCAUAGAAACCAAUGAUCUUCACACCGAUAGACUUCCUAAAGCAGACUACGAGACUCCUCUCUUCAGUACAUUCUCACCCCCGGAGCUGCUGGAUCGCCACUUACAGCUGGGUGGGGAGGUUCACUCAAAGGAGCUAAGCCGUAUCCCCAUCACAAGUCAGGACUCCAUCAACUGGACACACUUUGGAGGCUUACCACCAGCGGAUGAGAUUAACAUCUUGCGUGGGCAGAUUUUGCUGAUCCAGAACCAGGUGAUGUACGAGAGACACAAACGGGAGCUUCACGCUAAGAGGAACAGGCGUCUCCUGAGCAAAAUCACCCACGCCAAAGCAUUAGAGGAACGUAACUCUGCCUUGCUUGAUCAGUUGAGACUGCAGGAGAAUGAAAUCCAGAACCUGCAGGUGUCAAUGAAGCUGUUACAACAGGAGAACCAGAAGCUCAAAGGUGCCAAGGAGAGUGACUGUUAUGAACAGCAAGUGCAGUUAAGAUCAUCUUUGGCUGACAAUGAAGAACUGAAGUACAGCGUGUCUGAAUUACAGAGUCAGAUUGAGACCCUCAGACUGGAGAAGGCUGAGGCCCUGAAGAUGCUGCAACAAGCUGACUACCGACUGUUCAACACCCUGCGUGACCUUCAGACACUUCAAGGUCAGGCUGCGCUCACCAAGGAACUUCAGGAUCAGAUUUCUCGUCUGAACAAAGAGUUGAUGCUGAUGGGGGAGUUACAGCAGAGGUAUCAGGAGCAGUUGGCUGUCAGACACAAUCAGGAGCCGAGGGUAGAGGAAGACUACCAGGUUACAUCUCUACAGUCUGAAAUAAAAGCCCUUAAGCGACAGAUGGACUUAAAACAGGUUCAGAUAACUGGGAUGCAGAAGAAAGUGCUGGAGCUAGAAGAGACCAUCAAACAUAAGGAUAUCACUCAGACUGAUCUGAAGAGAAGUCUGGAAAUGGUCAAGACUAGCCACCAAGAGGAGAUUAAGGCUGUGGAGUGUAAAUACCAGUCCUCGGUGAAGAUUGGUCAGCAGUUAGAGAGUCACAUCAUGGACCUGUAUGGACAGAUUGAGACACUGAAACGAGCCAGUCGGCAGAGGGGUAGUAUAAAAGUGGCAUCUGAAAUAUCCUUAAAGGGACCAGGUAACCAAGGAAGCCAGGACCUUGAUGCAAGUUCGACUGUCCAGAACAUUUACAACAGCCAAUCAGAAACAUUGUCACAAAGUGGUGGUAACCCUGGCCAGAAACAGUCCAUAGAGAAACCAUCUUUAGUGGAGAAAGCUGAUUGGCCAUCAUCACCUCUGGUUGCUAGGGCAGCCACGGAACCGUAUCCAGUAUUAUCUCAACAGUUAUCUUCUGGCUCAUUGGUUGGCCCCAGCUCAACUGCAGCACUACUUAGCCAAUCAGAUGCCUUCUCUCUUAGAGGCCCACUCCUCAACCAAUCAACAGAGGAAGAAUCUGUUCCAGCCCAAACCAUCGUCAUGGAUAUUCGACAUUCGCCAGACACUCAAAGGACACAGACAUGUCAGAGACUAAAUCUUAUUGGCUCACAUCCCACUGACCAAUCAAAAAGCUUGUUAGGGCCAGACAGAGAUGCCGAGACUGACUCCUCAUCAACCCGCAGCAAUACGCUCUGUGAUAGCGGUGUGGACUCGAGAAGUUGAAAUAAUCUA